CAGGUAACGUAUUAAUGAAAAUGAUUUCCUGUAAGAAAGGAAAGGGCGAGGCACUAGAUCCUGCUGAUUUACGUGCUUCUUGCCGCUCUCCAAUGUUUCCUGGUCGAGGUAUCGUCUCUUGUAUUUGUUGGAAAGUAUUAUGAAGACAAGUAGGUUACCUGGAACUUUUAAGAAUAAUUUUACCUCAACAAGCCACUGCCAGUGAAGAAAGAGGGCUGUACUUGGAGCCCAUGCUAUUUCUGAAGUAGGUACUGGUUUUCAACGAAGUUUAACUGUUGAUAACAAUGAGUUUAAAAACGUCUCAACUGACCAAGCUUCCUAAAGCAGAGGACAGAAAGUUGAUCAACAAGCUUCGGGAUGUCUUACACGCCAUCAAGGUACGUGACAUGACCAAACUGAUCAAGCUUCUAUCCAAGGAUGACAGGCCAGAUCUAAACUACCAAGUGCCCUUAAAGAGGAAGAUUUUACAAAGGGCCCAACACAAGCAGUGGGUCAGCCCGUUGCAGUAUGCCUGUGAGAAAGGUACACCUGAAAUGGUGGGGGCCAUCUUGGCAGCAGGGGCCAUGGUCAAUAUCAGACCGCAUUCUCCCCUAACAUAUGCGAUCUGCUCUUUUAAAGUAGCCCUAGUUGACAGACUGCUACAUAGCGGGGCCAGUCCAAUCGAAUCUGGAGACCCAAAUGACUGGGAUAUGGCAGUAGCCAUGAACUUGAAACUACGCUCUGACAGCCCCAACGAAAAGCAGCAACAACGCGAGAUCAUCACCUUGUUGUGUAAGGCAGGUUGUGAUGUGAACAUGCGCAUGUUCGCAGUAUGGCCUCUUGGCAGCACAAAGAUCUUUAACCAGGUGAAGGGGACCAAUAGGAAAAGCAGAGCUGUCUACCAGCCACCAUUGCUGUUCCACGUUGUGUCUGAAGGUGACCUUGAAAUGUGCAGAGUCUUCCUGGAAUCAGGGGCCGAGGUGAACGCGAAAGAUUCGCUGUACAACGAAACUGCGCUGUACGUAGCCAUGACAAGUACGAAAGAAGAAAACCUGCCGAUAGUCGAGCUGUUGCUCGCCUAUGGUGCUGACCCAAAUCAGUCCAAAGAUGGCUCCUCUCUCCUGCACCUGGCUACAGAGCAAGGGAGAACAAAGACCGUAGAAGCGUUGGUACAAGCUGGCGCCAACAGAGCUGCACUCGACAGUGACGGCCAUAGCCCGCUUCACUUUGCUGCAGCUAAUAGCAACACAGAAUUGGUCAAACUUCUGUCCCUUCCACAAAUUCUGAACAAACCCGACAAAGAUGGCCUAACUGCACUUCACCUAGCUGCAGACAGGGGGAACCUAGCCACAGUACAAGCACUGCUAGAAGCUGGGGCAGACAUUGAUGUGGAAACACCAGUGACCAAAGUCUCACCACUAGACAUGGCCUUGCACAACGACCACCAGAAAGUGGCAGACUUUCUGAAGAAAAUGAAGAGGAACAACCUGUUACAGAGUGACCACGCAGUAACGCACUCCGAGUCGAUGCCAGAACUGUUGUCUAAGACAAGAAAUACCCCCACAAGUCCCAAGAAGUUGGUUACAGACCCUAAGGAAGAGAAUCAAAGCCUUAAAGAGAAGCUGAGAAAGCAAGAAGAAGAAACAGAACUGUUGAGACAAGAGAACAAUCGGUUGAAACAGGAGACAAAUCAACAAAAAGAGGAGAUAAAUCAACAAAAAGAAGACAUAAAUCAACAAAAAGAAGAGAUAAAUCAGCAAAAAGAAGAAAUAUCUCAUCUAAAAGAACAGCACAGCUCUCAGCUGACAGAAAAGGAUAAAACUGUAGUGUCGCUCAAAAAGGAGCUUCAAAAAUUCCAAGUCAUCCAUUACGAGGAGAACUCAAAGCCAGUACCCAUGUCCGACCAACACAAACAGGCACUGACGACCAACUGGCCACAGUUCCUACAGGACCUCCAUCACAGCGUGGUGGUACCCCCCCUGGUGGCAGGGGGUAUCCUGACCCCCCACAUGGAGGAGGAGGUGGUGAAGGCGUACCACACCAGACGAGACCGUAACAACCACCUGUUGGACACGUUACUCACCAGAGGAGACCAGGCGUUCUAUGUGUUCCGCCAGGCACUGAGGAAGGACCCUGGUAGUGAACAUCUGGCUGCACUACUGAAUGUAGACUGAUGUGGACUCCCUUCAUCCAAGACUGCUAGACACAGUGAAUAACAAGGUUCUUUAUUUACAACCACAAGAGCCGGAUUUCGGUGACUGUUUGUCAUCUAUUGACCAGUUUCCCAUCCCCAGAAUGCAGAGGUAA